AUGCAAUUUCAGAUUUUGAUCUGGACGAUAGUGGCCACCGCGAUGGCCGUGGAGAGUGCCCAGGUUCCGGAAGUCGACAGUGACGUCCAGGAACUGUUAAGACAUCGCCGUGCGAUCUGGGAUAAUAUGCAAUGGCCUUGGCUUUGGAAUGAACCCACCACCGAGGCUUCUACUACGCCGCUAUUUUGUCCGGAGGAUUGGGUGUACAGUUCAAUGCUCGGUAAAUGUAUAGAGGCGAAUAUGGUCUGUCAGGAAGGCAUGGUGCCAAACUACUAUCUCGGCAGGUGCGUCUUUAUAGAAGAAUACUUGAUAGAAUCGACCUCAACGAACGCUAAUUUGUAA